UAUCAAUGUGGAAAAUCGUCACGGGUCGACGGGCAACAUAACGACGGCGUCUAUAUAAAAGGCAACUGGUUUCCGCGUCUUAGUUUCAGUCGCAUUUUGUCUACGAAGCAGUGCUACCAUGUCCCGAAUCUUCAUCUUUUUAGUUGCCAUUGUGGCAGUGCUCUUCGUUAGUACGCAUGGUCAACAAUGCGGCGUGAACGAGCAGUUCAAUUCUUGUGGAUCGGCCUGUGAACCCAGUUGCAGUCAACCUUCACCGCAGUUAUGCACUAUGCAAUGCAUAAUUGGUUGUCAAUGUAAAGAAGGAUACUUGAGGAAUGCUGCAGGAAGCUGCGUAUCUCCCCAGGAUUGUUAAUACCAGUGGAUCCUAUUUGCCUUUCGUUUAUUAUCUACGAUGCCAAAUACCUACUCUCUCUUGAAGUAUCCUUCCAAAUGUAAUAUACCAACGUGCGAAUAAAUAGCUGUUCAAUUGA